CGAUGACACAUCGUUUUCCUCUCGCACAGGACAGCGAGUGGUCUGGUCCACGUUACACCUGGCUUCUUGUAGACUGUCAGUGAGUUUGGCAUUUUGUGGACGGAGGUGGUGGAAGUGCCAUCCUGCACACCUACUUCACCAACAUGGUGCUCAGCGGUAUUAAGGCUGUGUUUUUUGACUUGGAUAACACUUUGAUUGACACAUCUGGAGCCAGCAAGAAAGCAAUAGAGGAGGUAAUAAAAUUACUGGUAGACAAAAACCAGUUCAGUGAAGAGGAAGCCCACAUUAUAUGUAAACACUUCCAAAAAAAACUUGUCCAUGAGACUCUUGGUUCCUCCGAAAUGACCAUUGAUGACCUCCGGGUUUCACAUUUUGAAACCUCCAUGCAGGACAUAAGACCCGGAGAUCACAAGGACUUCGCCAGAGAAUGUUAUAAUCGUUGGAAAACAAAGCGCCUACAACUCAUGACACUGCCAGAAAGUACCAAGAAUAUGCUGCGAGAGCUCCGCAAAUCAGCCAGCCUGGUGCUGCUCACCAAUGGAAACCGGCAGGUGCAGAGAGAGAAGAUCCAGGCUUGUGAGGUCAGUCCGUACUUUGAUGCAGUUGUGGUGGGAGGAGAACAUGCCGAAGAGAAGCCAGCACCUUCUAUUUUCCUUCAUUGCUGUAACCUUGUGCAGGUGAAACCAGAGGACUGUGUGAUGGUAGGUGACAACCUGGAUACCGAUAUUCUCGGAGGACUGAAUGCUGGACUAAAGGCAACUAUUUGGUUAAAUAAAAAUUCAGAUGUCAAAUGCAACCCAAAGCCCACCCCUCACUAUAUCAUUACUUGUAUAACGCACCUGCCGGAGGUCCUAGGGAGUUUACAGUAGGUUACCACCUACAUUGGGAGCAAAACCGUGAACUUCAUGUACUUGGACAUUCUUAAAGAUGUACUGCAUAUCUCAUGUACUGUUUUACAAAACUGCGGGAAAGGACAAGACAGUUGAUCCGUACUAAUAAAGGCCUACUGUAUCCUCAGCCAUUCAUAGAGAACUUUUGGUAGAUUCAGACUGACCACCACCAUUUUAACGAGGACCUUUUACCUCUCCUGACAUUGUGCCAUUCCUCUGUUGUUCCUCC